UGUGUCAGUGCCUGUCUGCUCACAGCUUCAUCAUGGCGAUUUUCCUCUUCCUCCUUGUGAUAUUCUGGCAAUGCAGAGCAGCCACUUCCUCAGCCCGGCUCAGGUGGGAUCUCACAGAUCACAAACACAACCGGGUCAAAUUUGGACAUGAAGAUUAUGCUGUAACUCUUCAUGAAGGAAAUACCGUUUACAUUGGUGGAACAAAUGGCGUUUACAAGAUCAACUUUAAAGAUUCUUCGGUAAUCAAGAUUCCAGUGGUUGAUCAAAAGGCCAUUGAUGAUUGCAAUAAACAACAACUGGAAUACUGUCAAAAUAUAAUCACCGUUUUACAAAGAUUGGAUGAAAAUAAUCUAUUUGUGUGUGGCACCAAUGCUCAGACACCCCAGUGCUGGUAUCUUGGGAACGAUGGGAGCUUGAGUGUGGUUAUCAAUAAGUUUAAUGUACCUCUCGGGAGAGGUGCUUCUGCGUUCACCUCUAAACAGAGAACCACUUCACUGCUUGUGGACAAAAGACUCUAUACAGCUACUCCUCUCUAUAGCAAUGGUGACGGAAUCGUUUUUCAAGUAUUUGAAGGCAAAAUGCUGUUGAGGUCUGUGGACAAAUGGAUGAAUGAGCCCAUCUUCACCAAUAUGGCGCCACUGGAUGAUCUGAUUUUCAUGUUCUUCCAGGAGAAACGUUUGGGAGCAAAGAACCUGGAGGUUGACCCCUGGAUAUCCCGGAUUGCACGAGUGUGCAAGGUGUGCUGACAAAGGGGUCCCGAAUCUGACUUGUUCAAUAAAUGGACGACCUUUCUGAAGGCAAGGCUGGUGUGCAGUCUGCCCUCCCAGAACCUGCAUUUCAACCGGGUGGAAGACGUUUUCAUUGAUAAAUCUAGUACGUCCAGCGAGACCCGAGUCUAUGGUAUAUUUUCCAACAGUUGGAAUUCAACAGCGGUCUGUGUGUACUCCAUGGGAGAUAUUUUAAACGUGUUUAAGAAUUCCAAUUUCAAGGGUUUCACUGACAAAAUUCCCGAUCCCAGGCCUGGCACGUGCGUUGCUGACAGUAAGAGCAUACCAUAUGAGAGCUUGAUCUUCAUAAGUAGACACCCUGAGAUGGAGCAGCCGAUCGACCCCAUCGGAGGAAAACCAAUCAUCAGCAGCAAACAGCACUACUUCAAGAAAAUAGUGGUGGACAGAAUUGUUGGGAAAGCUGGCCUGAUCUCCCAUGUUCUCUACCUGGCUACAGAGAACGGAAAAAUCCAGAAAGUGGCGGAAAUAAAUAAAUCGACCUUCGUUAUAUCAGAAAUCAAAGUUCUGAGCAAACCGGGGCCGAUCUUAUCCAUGUUCCUCGAUUCACAAACAAAACAUCUGUACAUCAACUCUGCGGAGGAGCUAGUCCGGUUUCCGAUGCCGCAGUGUUUCCGUCACACAAACACCUGUGAAAAUUGUGUCAUGGCCCGAGACCCUGACUGUGGGUGGAACUCAAUCAGAAAGCAAUGUGAAACUUUCAAUCCGAAGGGGGCCCUCAUCCAAGAUCUCCAACAUGGGAAUCACCAGAGAUGCUAUAAUAGCGAAGGUGGGAUCAAUGAGCCUGUAUUGGGGAAGGAGACACGGCAAAUCAACAUUUCCCCGGAUACCAAGCCACCGCCCAUGUACCUGCCGUGCCGGAAGUAUUCCUAUCACGCCGAGUAUUCAUGGAAACACAAAGACCAGAUGCUGCCCUGCUCCUCCACUCGUGAUGAUUGUCUUCUCCUCAUCGAGAGGUUUUCUGAGCCUGAUUAUGGCUUGUACGAGUGUAUUUCAAGGGAAAAUGGAAUGGAGCAGGUUCUGGCUUCCUAUUUAAUUCAGGGAACCAGCAAACCAUCGCAGUAGUCAUCCAAGUUAACCCAGUACAGACCUUUCAUUUUGUUGAUGUAGGGUGUAAGAAUCAUUGGAAGAUGUGAUUAACCACAUUAUCGAAUAUAAUUAGCAUUGGUUAUUUACAGAUGAGGUUUGUGAGGAAAGAUAAGGGUGAUUUGGUAAAUGCGAUAGAGUAAACAAGUCCAGACAAGCUGGAAGUGUUGUCAGAGAUGGAGUUAGGGCAGAAGUGCCCGAGGCAGCUUGUGUCAGGAACGUGCAGUGAGGAUGGUUCAGCUCCUCGCCUCCCAAUGGGUUCUUUGGGGUUAAGUGUGUAGAGGUUUAACUCACUCGUAUGACUUACAUUCACUGUCUUAAUAAAAUCA